CUCGUCUUCGCCCAUUCUGUCAAUGCCGUCCCUGAUCCGAUCUUUUUGAUCGCUUUUUCUUUUUCUUUAAGAUCGUCAUCUCUACCCUAAGUCUUCUGUUUCUUGAUCUUGCUUUCUUUCUUUUAUUUUUAUUUUUUCAAAGAGAAAUCUUUGGCAUUUCUCUUUCGUCACUUUUUUUGCGGUUUUUUUGGAUUUAAACGGGAUGCCAUAUGCGUGUUGUCUUUUUAACCUUUCUGCAAGCAUCGAGGGAAUGUAGUUUUUUUAGUGUUUCUAGGCAUCCAGUGAUGUCGAAAUCAGGUGCUCUGGAUCUUGCUUCUGGUGUGGGAGGAAAGAUCGACAAGAAGGAAGUUGAAUCGGCAGUGAAGCAGUAUGAGAAGUAUCAUGUCUGUUAUGGAGGGGAUGAGGAAACAAGAAAAGCCAACUACAGUGACAUGGUAAAUAGGUACUAUGAUCUCGCGACAAGCUUUUAUGAAUUUGGGUGGGGAGAGUCCUUUCACUUUGCUCCCAGGUGGAAGGGGGAAUCAUUAAAAGAAAGCAUCAAGCGGCAUGAACACUUUCUUGCCAUUCAACUAGGCUUGAAAAGGGGAAUGAAGGUGUUGGAUGUGGGUUGUGGAAUUGGUGGACCACUACGGGAAAUUGCUAGAUAUAGCUUGACAUCCAUUACCGGAUUGAACAACAAUGAGUACCAGAUAUCAAGAGGCAAGGAGCUAAACCAGCUGGCAGGAUUGAGUGAGACUUGCAACUUUGUCAAGGUUGACUUCAUGAAAAUGCCAUUUACCGAUAAUACUUUUGAUGCAACAUAUGCUAUAGAAGCAACAUGUCAUGCACCAGAUGCGCUUGGCUGUUAUAAGGAGAUUUAUAGAGUACUGAAGCCUGGCCAAUGUUUUGCAGCCUAUGAGUGGUGCAUGACUGCUCACUUUGAUCCCAAGAAUGAAAGUCACCAGAAAACUAAGGCUGAAAUUGAGCUUGGUAAUGGUCUCCCAGACAUAAGAACUACAAACCAAUGCCUUGAAGCCUUAAAGCUUGCAGGAUUUGAGGUUAUUUGGGAGAAGGAUCUUGCAUUAGAUUCUCCUGUCCCUUGGUAUUUGCCCUUGGAUACGAGUCAUUUCUCCAUAACUAGCUUUCGGUUGACUGCCUUUGGACGUUUCAUCACUAGAAAUAUGGUUAAGAUACUAGAGUUUGUGGGCCUUGCUCCAGCAGGAAGUGAGAGAGUCUCUUCAUUCCUGGAAAGGGCUGCUGAAGGGCUUGUGGAAGGUGGAAGGAAAGAGAUUUUCACUCCGAUGUACUUCUUCCUUGCUCGGAAGCCCCUCUCAUAGUCUCAAGGAACAAGGUUUGUAAGCUGUGGUUUCAGCUUAAUGACGGAUUGGCCAUGAUUAUAAAUAUGUUCCUUUCUUUUUAAAUUGUUGGUUAAUAUUAUGACAGCUUACUUCCUAUGGAAAUAUCUAUCUGAUUCUGCCAAUGUGUGGCCUUAUUUUAAUCGUGGAACGAUAAGUUAAGAACAGAACUGCUGAAAAUUGCUCUGACAAUGAUAAAAUCCCUGAGCAUGGACCUUUUUAAA